ACUCGAGGCGACAGGAAUCGCGAAAGAGUGGGUAAUGUGACGGGUAUUACUUUUAAAUACAUUGUCGAAACUCGCACGUGACUGUUCUCUAUUAUUUUCAUUGGUCGAUCGGUUUGAUUCUGCCAUGAGGUGCAACGAGACGAUCGAUAAGGCAUCCUCAGAAAUUCCACAUGCAAGACGCGUCCAAGAGGUAGCACUGACGAGGUGUGCAGCAGCGGGGGACGGACAAACUUUUCCCUUGUCCGUUACGUUACCGGAAGUGGGCCUAAUGGCGUCUGAAAACGAACCCGCGACCGAGGACAACUUUGAAGAUUAUUCGUGCGCAGAUGAGAUGCAGCUUGUUCAAAGAAACGAUAGCGAAUUGGGUACGCAACUGCGACGUAGCGGUUCCUUGAGGAUACCCAGGUCUUCCGAUGCCAGUGACGUCGAUCGUAAUCGAUUGCAUGUAUCGUCGUACGAUAGAAAAUCAUCAUCGCCAGUUACGUGGUCGGCGGAUAAAUCCGAUGACACGGCAGUUCGACCCGGCAGGCGGUCCGUACCUGCGAUCGACGCACCUGCGCCGGAAUACCUCGCCAGGAACCUCCUGCAACUCGGCUGCCCGGCCGUGUCGAUGCCCACACCUCGUGGCGGAGUAGGACCUGAGCCUCCGCACAGCAGCGACAGCGAUGAAUACUCGGCAACUCACGGCCAUCAGCAGCAAGUGGGUCAUGGUCAUGGUCAAGGGCAGGUGGAUGCGUGCAGCGUGCCUAAGGUCCACGUGUCGGGACCACCUAACAAUGAUGAAUCCUCUUCCAUCAUCAAUGGGUCUGCGGGGUCCAUAGGAGCACGAUCGGCGCCCAGCACGCCUCUUCAAGUAGUCCCUGGUGGGCAACAAGCUGGCCAGCAGUCGAUUAGCGGCUCCCAGCUUACUGUGGCCACUGCUAAUACUUCUCAGCCUCCGAGGAGUCCAAGCCACACGGCCUUGAGAUGUAACGAUAGUCAUCUUUCAAAACCGCUCAGCAGAAGUACACCAUCAAUGGCAGCUGGUAGUAUCGCACAGACUCCAGGAAAGGUUAGCAGAUCUUCGUCUACAUCGUCGCCAACGACUACCAGCAGCGCGAGACAGAAGAAAUUCCACAGGCAUUUCUCUCAGAAAAGCAAGUUCGAACGGGUAGCUGCGGACGAGCGCGUAUUGAACUACUAUAGUUGUGCGCUGGUAGGCGAUAUCCUGCUCCAAGGGCACCUCUACAUCACGCCGAACUACUUCGCCUUUUACAGCAACGUAUUUGGCUACGUAACGAAGCUGCUGAUACCGACGGUCUCGGUGUUGAAGAUCAGCAAAGAGAAGACCGCGCGAAUCAUUCCGAAUGCGGUGGCGAUCGCUACCGAGGAGGAGAGGCACGUAUUCUGCUCCCUUCUGUCCAGGGACUCGACCUUCAAGCUGAUGAAACAGGUUUGGGAUGCCGCCAUGGAGCCAGAACCGUCGCCCAAGAUUCUCCCGCUUGUGGUCGAGCAAAAGCACCUUGUACCGGACACACUGGUGGUCGACGACUCCGAGGUGAACCCCGAGGAGGACGACUCCAGCAUGUCCGAGAGCGGCACGGAUCUCAAUUCCAGGCCCCCGACCGUCUGCACAGACACGGAUGGUGUUACGCCCUCGCUCAUUACCAGGCCCAGCUUGCCAGUGGAGUCAUUGCCGGUACCAUUGCUUCCAGCUACAUCCAGCAGACCGAAUGUUAUGUUGUCCCUAUUCACGGGCGGACUGAAAACUAGCACAGUGAUAGCUAUUCUGAUAGCUCUUUUAGCGGCUCUCUACGUGUCGGCGGCACUGAUGAUGUUUCGCAUCGACAGGUUGCACACAGCGUAUCUCAACCAUCCUCUCGUUUCGCCGGAACGUUUCACGCAGGAUCGGCUGUUGCAUUAUCUAAACACAAAUCUUGAUCAAAUAAUGAAGGUGCGACAGAGUUUGCAGACGUUGUCACAGCAGAUGGUGACGAUGAGCCAAAGCAGUGAAACGGAUUCGAGCGUGUCCGGCGGCGUGGCGGAACCGGAAGACGCCCCGAGUUAGCCCCCGACGAAGCUGAAUAAUUUAACGCAACCAAAUAAUACGAGUCCCCGGUCGCCUCGCUAGCGUAUGAAGCGUCUCGUAUUAAUACGUCGUUGUCUUCGUCGGUCGGCGUCGAGUAUUUUGGCGCGCGAACACGAUCGGUGCGACUGAUUGACGGUGUCGCUUCGACGGUCCUCUAUAGGCAUUAUUAUUAUUAGUACCUAGACUUCGAAGGUUCUGACGAUAGACAGUUCGUAAAACGGCAAACAAACCAAAAAUAAAAAAAAUAAAAAACACCCCUCCAAA